AUGGAAGGGAGAGAUGACGGCGGAGGGAAAAUUAUAGGGUUGAUUGAAACAGCGACGAAACCGACCGCCGAAGAGGUUGACCCGAGGCUGCUCAAGGCGAUCAAAUCUACUCUUCGGUAUUCUGAUUCGGAGGUCCGGCUCGGUGCGCGAACCCUAAUGGAGCUCAUGAAACAUAAGCACUCUCAGGUUCGAUAUCUGACGCUUCUCAUAAUCGACGAGCUUUUCAUGAGGUCAAAGCUCUUUAGAGCCCUUAUCAUCGAGAAUCUCGAGCAGCUGCUGAGUUUAAGUAUUGGGUUUAGACGCGAUCAGCCUCGUCCUGCACCUCUAGAUAUUGCCAACAAUUUGCGUAAAAAGGCUAUUGAGUUCUUGGAGAAGUGGAAUUUGUCAUUUGGGUUGCAUUACAAGGAGCUCAGGCUGGGUUUUGAUUACCUUAAGAACACACUCAAGAUCAAGUUCCCUGAUAUGCAGGCAAAUGCUGCACGGAUUCAACGAGAGAGACAGGCGAGAGAUAUGAAGGCGAAAGAGAUUCUGAGAAAAAAGUUUGAUUCCUUGAGGGAUUCUUUUGGAGUCUUAAAGGAUGAGAUUGACGAAACGAUAAAGGAGAUCAAGGAGUGUCUGGAAAUUGUUCAGUGGAGAGGAGACGAUGGUGUUCCUCUUGAUAUCUUAGAUGAGGAAGAGUACGAGGAGAUCCGUUGUUCUUAUCUGCAGCAAAUCCGUCUUGAUUCACUGAAGCAAUCCGAUAAGGUUGAAGAAACUAGUGAAAACAGAGUGGUGUUCGAUGUGUUGAGGGAACAGUGCAAGCUUCUAGUGACAAAGCAUCGGGUCUCCGUUGAAAAAGGGAUCUCUCUUCUCAUGGAGGUUGAUGCAAGUGAUAACAGGACGAGAGAUUCCAUGUUGAAAGAGUUUAUCGAUAUCAGGAAUAGCAUAUUGGCGACGGAGAAGAGAUGUGAAGAAGCCGGUUUUACAAUUUCAACAACUAAAGAAGAAGAUUUCUGGGAGGAGGAUGAUGGCGAGGUUAGAGCUGAUUCAGUACAGAGCGUGGCUCCAGCUCUCCAAUCAUCAUCAACUGUAGCAAAUAGGUCUAUUACAUCAGCAUCUAGGUCUUAUAAAGCACCGAGCACUAGAAAAGUUGGAAGAAGUGGGGACUCUGUUAGGGAUAAGCUAAUAUCUGAAGCGCCAGUGAUGAAUUGGGGAUCACAGCUGAGUAACUGGGACUCAACUUCGGAAGUUCGAGCUAACCACCGAGGCUUAGAGCUCGAGAGCCACUGGGGAAGAGUGGAUGAAGAUGCUGUGAUUCCAGCAGAUAAAAUAGCAGAGUUAAAUCUUCAGGCAAGUGUUUAUAGAGAAGAGAGAACAGAGAUACAUCCAUGCCAUGCUCCUCUAAAGAAAGGUGCUCUUUGCCAGAGAAGAGAUCUACGAGCCUGCCCGUUUCACGGACCCAUUGUACCUCGGGAUGAUGCAGGAAACCCCAUAAUUGAGAAGAAUGAAAACCAAACUUCAGGGACCAACGAGGACGUGCCAAUGGAUGAAAUAGCUUCGGGUUCUGAUCCUAACCAGUUAGCUAGGCAAAUAGCGAAACAGGCUCUGAGGAAUAUCCGGGAGAAAGACAAAGAAGUCAUGAAGAAGAGAGCGAAGAUUGUUAAGGAUAAGGUCAAGGAACAUAAUUUCUCAGUGAUGCGUGAUGCUGCUAUGGCCACAACUUCUAGAUCAGAUGCUCUUGAUGAACAGUUUGAUAGAGUUUUGGCUGAAAGAAAAAACAAGAAACAAACCUUUUCGUCGACGAGGCGCAAGAAAACAACGGCUAAAGAUAGAAUAUCGGAGAGACUGUUUAGUAACCGGGUAAAAGGUAAUAAACCGAAUCAGUUGCCUCAUGGUGAUGAUGAGAAGUUCCGGGAAACAGCGGCUAACCAGUGGUAA